AUGGCCGGCCACGCAUCCGCGUCGCCAGCAAGCAGCGGCAGCCACUACCCCUCGCCCGAGACCUACUCCGACAUGGCCUCCAGCAACGCGUCCCCCGCCUCGGGCUCCCCGUCCCUCUACACCCCGCGCGCACACGACGACCCCGACGCCGCCUCCCCAGACACACGCAGCCCCGAAGACCCCGCGGCGCGUCCCCCCGCAGAGGUCGCGCGCGCCCAUUCCGCAGGCAAGGGCGGGUGCUGGUACAAAUGCGACGAAGAGCGCGAGGGCGCGAACGGCGCAUGCAGGACGUGCCGCCGGCUGGGCAUCGACUGCCUCGGCUGGGGCGCGAAGCGGCCGGACUGGAUGAGGGGUAACCUACGCAUGGAUGCGCUCACAGGCUGUCCAGAGGAAGCGAUGUUGGCACUCGCCGAGAUCUCCGCCCUGGCGCACUGGAAGAUGUCUGAACUGCGCAACGGUAGCCUAAGCGUACGCGAGCUCAUCCGCCGCGGCGACAUGAUCGAGACCCAGCUCCGUCAGCGCGCGGCGCCACGACACGCGGGCGAGGGCAACCUCACGCCGCUUGACCCACACCUCGCCGCGACAACGAUGCAAUUCUCCAUGACAAUGUCAGGCACACCCAGCGCAUCAACGUCGUCAGGCGUGACUGCGCACGCAACAGCCAUCUCAAAGGAUGAGGCCAGCACUGUCGUCGCUGACAUCUUCCGCGAGACCGCUGUGCUGUACUUGCACACGAUCUUGAGCGAGGCUUUGCCCGGGGUACCGGAAAUCCACGGUGCAAUUGCGAAGAUCAUCUCCCUUCUCCACAUCCUGCCAUCCUCCGAAUAUGACCGUGCUAUCAUUUUCCCGCUCUUCCUUACGGGCUGCAUGUCAGAUGACCGAGGUGUUCGGGAUAUGAUAAAACGGCGGUUCUUGCUUUUGGACGACACCUUUGGCAACAUCCACCAGGUAUUGAUGCAGCUAGAAUCGAUUUGGAAUGAGCGGAAUACAAUGCUCACCCAUCACGGUGGGACCGGCAUCGUUCACUGGCGCGAGAGCCUCCGCAGCCAGUGGGCGAACCUGCUUCUCCUCUAG